AUGACAAAGUAUGAUGUCACCCUUGAAUAUCUUCCUGGCAAGCUGAACGUGAUAGCUGAUGCCUUAUCGCGCGUAGACCCCAACCAGUCAAAAAUCCAUAGUAGUGAAAACUAUACUGACAUUCCGGAAAUUCGUGUCGCGUAUAUCACAAACACACUGAACUCAACCGCUACAGAAAUUGAUGACAUUCGAAAAGAAACUGACAAUGACACUACUCUCCACGUAGUCAAAGCUUUGGUAAUCCAAGGAUGGCCUGAAAAGAGGGAAGAUUGUCCGCCUGAAGCCCUUGACUACUGGAAUUUCAGAGAGGACCUUAGCGUUGAGAACGGUAUUGUGUUCAAACUAAACAGAAUUGUGGUUCCAAAAUCACUCUGGAGCACGAUGCUUAACACAAUCCACCAAGGGCACCAGGGCAUGGACAAGUGUCACCUCCGCGGGCGACACUCCGUGUACUGGCCUGGUAUGUCCAAUGCUGUCACACAGAUGGUCUCUCAGUGUGGUAGAUUUCAAGACCACCAGAAUAGACAGCAGAAAGAAACACUCCAACCGUACGAAGUCGCCAAGUAUCCGUGGCAGAGACUGGGUUCUGAUUUCUUUGUGUUUAACCAGUACACCUAUCUCAUUGUCGCUGACUACUAUUCAAAGUUCCCAGUAGUCAGAAGAGUUGGCAAAAGUGCCACAUCAGGACAGUGUAUUGCAUACUUCAAGACGAUAAUCAGCGAGUAUGGUAUCCCCGAGGAAAUUGUAUCAGACAAUGGACCCCAGUACGACUCCCAGGAAUUCCGCAAAUUAUGCGCCGCAUACAAUAUCAAAUGGACUCCCAGUAGCCCAACCUACCCUAAAAGCAAUGGGUAUGCUGAACAAACAGUACAAACAGUAAAAAACUUGUUGAAAAAAACUCUGGAGAGCGGUGAAGAUGCUAAUCUCGCACUACUCAACUACCGCUCCACUCCGAUCUCUAGUAACUUACCAUCACCCGCUAGACUUCUAAUGAACAGAGAUUUGCGCACUCUACUUCCCACAACUCCGAGACUUCUCAAAAGUCAAGCUAUAGACAAUGACUUGAUCAAGGACAAUCUCCAGGACAGGCAAAACAAACAAAAAUUCUACUAUGAUCGCAAGGCACAAACUGAGUUGCCACCACUUGAGAAAGGACAAAAUGUUCGCCUGUUCAAUCAGAAGUCCAAACAAUGGGACCCCGCAACUGUCAUAGAUAAUACUCCAUUUCCUAGAUCUUACAUUGUGAAAACUGAGAAGGGCAGUUACCGCAGAAAUCGCCGAGAUAUUCGUACCACUGCAUGUACCAGCGAUAAUCGUAGGCCUAGUGAUGACGACCUUGACCUUGAAACCAGUUGUGAAAACACUAGCAGUGUUAUCGUGCCUGAAGUACCAGUUGUACCCAAUGUCAGAAGAUCAUGA